AUGCUUGACUUACACUUUUUUUAUCCGGAAAAUUUCUUAUUUCUCAGUGAAGCGAAAAUGAAAACUUUUUUGAAUUUGUCAAGUUUGUAAAAAGCUCAUUUCUAUAUACAUAGGUGAAUGAAUCAAAUUGACGACAACGAAACGAACAAAAAUAAAACAAUAAUAACAACGAAAAUUGAAUCAAAAAGAAAAUAAAAAAAACAUUACAACGAAACGAACAAGAAAUAAUAAUUUAGUAAAUAUCCAGAAUCCAAACUCGAACAACAGCAACAAAAAGAAGCUUCAUUCGAAAAUGUUCAUCUGUAUCAAAUUGAUUGUUGUUUUAUACAAUUUCAUUUUCUGGCUGACCGGUGUGUUCAUUCUUAGUCUUUUUGCCUAUCUAUACUGGGAUUCACAGAAUUAUCUUGAUAUUCAAGAAAUCAGCACACAUUAUGUUACACCAUUCAUUGCUUUACUUAUCCUAGGAGCUUUGAUGACUAUCAUUGGUUUCCUUGGCUGUUGUGGAGCUAUACGUGAAUCCAAAUGUCUUUUGCUUAUGUAUAUUUCGAUCUGUUUAAUAUUAUGUGUAUUAAGCGGUGCAUUUCUAUUUUGGACCAUUCGUAAUGGAGAAAAGGUUCGCGAAAGAAUUCGUUUGGAUACAACCAAAUUGAUUAAACGAAAUUAUGGAACCGGAAAUACUAAUGCUACCGAAAUGCUAGUCGAUCGUAUACAACGAUAUUUCUCUUGUUGUGGAAUAAUGGGACCUGAAGAUUGGAUCACAUCCAAUUAUAAUAAUCAAACAAAUGAAGAAAAUUCCAAUUUGAUGAAUAAUUUACCAUUUCCAAUGGGACCAGAUCAACGAAUUUAUCGUAUACCUAGAUCCUGUUGUCAGGAUUAUGAGGAAUCAUGUCCAAUACGUUUGGAGAAUAUUCGUGGACGUGAUAUACAAAAUCUCAAGGAUAUACGCGGUCUAAAUAAUGAUGGAUGUAUGAGUAAAUUUGAAGAAUUUAUCAGACAAAAACAAUUAUUCAUUAUAUUGGCUGGAACAAUUUUGGUCGGUGUUCAAGUACUUGCAUUGAUAUUCUCAUUCUGUCUAUUCUGUGUCAUAUCUCGGCAAGAUGACAAAUGAGCUUUCAUCAUAAUCAAAUUAAUGAAACUCAUGACAACAACAACAACAACAAAAAUUUCAGUUACCAAAAAAAAAAAAAAAAAAUCAAAACCACUUUUGUGGUUGCAAACGCCCCAAAAAAAACGAAAUGAAAUUCUCAUCCUGUAAAUAAUGCAAAAUCAUUUUAUAUUUAUUCAUGAAUAUUUCGAAACCAAAAUAUCAAAACCAAAAAAAAAAAAAAAAAAACGCACGAAUACCUAUGACAAACUUCACUAUAUUCACACCAUUUGAUUUGAUCAUCAACCAUCAUACCAUAACAAAUAUCGAUCUAUUCAUUUUUGUUUUUCCUUGUAUAAUAAAUUCAUCGAUUCAUGUCAUUCGA